UAUAAACAAUAUGGCGGACGUGGGUUUUAUGUGUCAAAUUUUAUGAAUUAUAUCGGGUGUUCGUUAUCUGUAUUGGGGUCAUAAACCGUGAAAUCGAGCCUAUUGUUUUGUUUACACUUAUCUUUCUAAUAAAGAUAAUGUCAAGGCUAUUGUUUACAAACUAAUGAAAGAGAAAAUGAAUGAAACUUGUGAACUAAUUGCCCCAGAUUGGACCUAAUUGAAUUUUAAUUGACAUUUGAUUAAAGGGCACUGAUAAAAUGGCUACGGGCAGUGCGUUGAAUUUAUCUUUACUUUCAAGGGGUGUUGGAGAGGUAACAAGGAAUGGAUCUGAGAAAGUUGAUGUCAUUUUUGAACCACAGGAUUAUUUUAACUUUGUAGAAGAAUCACAUGACAGACCUUUUUUCCUGCCCCCGCUUCAACCUAGGUAUCAUGGGUUUACUAGUGAGCCCUCACAACUCUCUUCAAGAUACAGUAGCAAAGAUGCAGUCCAUUUACCAAAAACGUUCACAACUCGCAAAGGAGCUUUGCUGCUCUUUUCUGAGGACAUGGCACACAGAACAAAAGCUGUUGAGGCUAAGAAGCACCGGCAUCAAGGUUUCCAUAGCGACCGAGAUAUAACACUGUCCAGUCUGGAAGAAUCAAGCACAGAUAGAGAUCUGAAAACCGUAGAUGAUUUAGCUAAAUCUAUUCUGGCUUAUGGAAGCAUUGAUGAAAGCGGUAACAUGAAUUUAAAGGUUAUGGCUCAGCGUACCAAAAAGCGUAGAUAUGACUUUGAACGUCAGAUACGACCAGGGUUCUCAGCCAAGAGAUAUCUCUCUACCUGGACAAAAACAUGGGAUGAUACAACUCUAGAAAAAGUUAUCAGUAAAGGAUAUUUGACAGAGAAAUCAUUAUUUUACUACAAUCCACUUCUACCCCACCUGUCUCGAAGAUUGAACGAUGACCUUUCACAUUACCCCACCCCAUAUAAGCUGAUGAGAAGUAUGCUGAUGUCACCAGGAAGUUUGUCAGGCUAUACUUUCUAUAGAGUGAGACCAGAGUCACAGGAAACAGAUUAUAUUGAUAUAUCAGAAGAUGAGGAAAUGAGAUCACUGGUCAAGUCAAGACAAGCUGGUUCUGUCAAGGUUGCAAGUGUCACUGCAGAUGGACAGUUGAAGGAAGCGAUAUAUGGUCAGCUAGACAGGCAAGCUCAGGCUGAGGUUUUAACAGACCUUCUUGUUAAGGGAGCCGUUCAUUAUGCCAUGAAAACACAACAGGAAUUUGCUGGCAGAAUUCUAGAAGAGUCAGAAGGUGGUUCAGAGACAAAAGUUGUGCCAAAAUUUGACAUGAGAGAUGCAGUAGAGUCAAUGCUGCAAGCCAAUGAGCAGAAAGGUGUACCACAGCAGAUGUUAGAUGCUGAUUUACCAGAAAGAGAUGAUAGGUCACAACAUUCAGGGUCAUUUAAGGGGAGCAAACUGGGGUCACAUCGCCUGCAUCCCAGAGGUCAGGGUGAUGGGCUGCAGUGGCGUGACGAUGCAUCCUCAGCUAGUUCAGGUGGCGCUGCUCCAGGGCCUUUACCUACAAGCCACGCCCCCUUGCCUCCAAUUGGUCAAACAUAUACUCAGUUAACGCCCAUUGGAGAAGCAAGUAGGGAACAUACCCAAGCUUUUUCACUGCCAGUGAAUGAAAAAGAUGGUGUCCCACAAACAGCUGAUAGCAUGCAGCCCCAAAUUGGUAUAAUCCCUGCUACACCCCAGACUCCAGCUUAUUCCACAGAGGCCCAGGUAGGGGUUAAAGGGGUCUCUAAAGAUCCCACCUUUGUGCUGGAAGCCCCUGAGGAAGUAGCAGAAGCAUUUGAGAGUGAAGAUGAGGAAGGUGAGGAUUGGGUGGGUCGUAGAAUGGUGGAGAAACCUGUGGAACAGAAAACUCAUGUAGACGGUGGUGAAGAGAAGAGGAGGAUGGAAAUGGAGAAACGAAAAGCAAGAGUCUCUGCCAGAAGUUUAGACCUUGAAGGUAUACAGCCAAAACAGUUUGCAGGUCCACCUGUUGCAGCAGGGUUUUCAAGUAGUGAAAGUGCUGGGCCAGGUAGCACACAUUCUUCAGGCUGGUUACCUCCUGUACAUAAACAACAAUGGAAAGGUAGUCAACAGAGCUUAAGAAGCCAUGGAUCAAGAAGAGCUUACUCAGAUACAGCUUUGAAAGGAAGUGGCAGAAUGAAGAAUAACUUAAGACCUGUGUCCAGAAAAACUGAAAUCAGUUUUCCCUCUAAUGACAUUUUGUCAGUUUCCUCUGUUGGAAAGAAAAUCGUUGCUAAAAUUCCUGUUGCCACAACCAUUCGAACAAAUUCUGUUAAAUCACUUGAUUUGACAGACACUGAAUCCCAUGUUGAAUCUGUGCCAGUGACCUUGACCUCUGGUCUUACCGUCUCUAACCAGUCAUGGUUAGAACAUGACAGUCAAGCUGGUAACCAGACAGAAAUUGAACCCGGUCCAUUUGCCUUGAACAAAAUAAAAACUGCAAAGAAGUCAUCAAAAUCUCACAGAACAACCAGAACAGGACUGUCCUCUGAUAUUUAUCGAAUCACAUCUUCAGAAACCCUUCCAGUUUCUAAUCUUACAAAAACCAAAACCAGACUCUCACCAAACACCAGACUGUCGUCAAGCCUUAGCAACCUUUCAUUCAAUAAGUCCUUUGAUAAAUGGACUUCCGGCACAGAAUUUGACAGACAUUCUGACACUGAUGUCAUAAAGAUUAAGAUUGAUCAAGCUGAUUCAUCGGAAUCAGAGAUAGGCUGGCCAAUCACAGUCCCUGUAUUUCCAAAAUUUAGUGUAAGCCACUCCCACAAUUCUGCCACUCCCAGAAGAAUCAAGAGUAGUAAGAGUUUUGGAAGUCUUUAUGCUAGUGAUGACUCAGAUGCUGAGGUUCCAAAUGAGUGGAAAUUACAGGGGCGCCAAACUGACAUAAAGAAACUGCCAAAACGAGAGGGUGCAGGAUCGUAUGACCUUGAGACUGAGAGGGAGGUUUGGGAGGGAUUGAAACAUACAAGUUUUGUAGGACGUAAAUCUGGUAUGGAUAGUGGAGCAAAGUCAGAGCAGGCUCAGAGUGUAAAGGGCAUGUCCCCUGAAAGGUCAAAGUCUGAGAUGAAGUAUUCGCCAAAGGCACAAGGUCUCCAAAGGUCACACAGUUCACCACCUUUAUCUGAUAGGUCAGAUAUCAGUGGAAAAUCAAGGUCACGACCUUCUUCUGAGGUUUUCAAGUCCUACAGACCUUUGCAAAGCCAGCUGACGCAUCUUGAAGGUGAAACACAAAUGAUUAGGGAGCAAACAGAAGUUUCACAUUUUACUGAAAAAGAGAAGUCUGAGUUAAGCAAACAAUCUGAAAAAGCUGAUGUUACUGAUCUAAAAACAGAACUGACAAUCCCUGACCAUAUUGAGGAAGAAGGCCAUAUUGAAGCUGAAGUUCUUGUUGAAGAUCUGCAGCCAGAGGUAGAACAGGUUGAGAAGCAAGUUGAAGAACAAGUUGAAAAGCGAGCUGAAGAAGUUGAAAAGCAUGAUGAAGAACAUGAUGAAAAGCAGGAUGAGGAAAAACUUGAAAAGCCAGAAGAAGAACCAGUUGAAAAACUUGAAGAAGAAGUGGCACAAACAGAUGAAGUUGAAAGAAAAACAGAUGAAGAUCAAGAAAUUGAAGCAGACAAAUCCGUAGAGAAGAAAUCAGGAGAGAUAACCCCAAAAUCCCUAAGAACUCCCUCUCAGUCAGCUUCAGUGAUAAAUGAUGAAGAUGUUAAAGAAUCACCAAAGUCACGUGUGACAGAGCAGGAGAUUAUUGACAAGCUUACCUCUCAUGCUACACACAUUGCUGAAAGUGUUCUAAGUCACAGUGAAAGUGGCCAGCUGCUUGAAGAAGACAUCAGGCGUGCUGCCGCUUUAUGGAUGGAUACUCACCCACCACGAGACAUUUCCCGCAGUCAGUCUGUACAAGAUCUUCCUGAUACAUAUGUUGGCCUAAGAAUCACGAGAUUGCAUGUUAUGACUGUGAUUCAAGAGGUGAUGAAAGUCCAGAAAAGGAACAGUGCUGGUCCAACUGUUGCUGAAUACAGGGAUCAGAUCAAGGGCAACUUGAUGACUGCGCUUGCUAAGGCAACAGGUUUGAAACAGUCAGAUAUUCCACAAGAUGCCGAAAUUGACCCCGAGUUACUGGAACAGUUAGCAAGUAACACACUUACACCAGAUGACAUUGAGAUUGUUAGAGAUGAAGAGACUGGGCGGAGCUUUAUUCGCUCACGUAAUCGUAUCAUAACGGAGGCAAUGGGAGGUGUAGAAAAAGGUCAUAUUUAUCAACCAGCAGCCAAAAAAACAGUUCAGUGGUUAAAUGUACCCACCUCUGGAGACUACACACACUGGUCAAGGACUGAUGGAGAAGGAGGGAAAAGAGUGUCAAUUCCCUCAGAGAGGAAGCCUGCUGAGAUUGGAGAAUUGGACAUCAUCACUUAUCAGGGACAGGACGAUGACAAACAGUCUCCUAAAGGAUCCAAAGCAGGGUCAGAGGUUGGCUCAAAGAAAGCUAGUUCUGGAAAACCUAAAUCAGUGUCUCAUGAUGGAGAUGCCAAGUCCAUUAAGUCUGCUGCAUCAUUCAAAGACUCUCAAGGUCAAGAUGAACUUCAGAAAGCACUUGCUGACCUGGAGCAGGGAGGGUCUCCUACUGAUGCCCAUAGUUUGAAGAGUGGGAAAAGUGGAAAGACUCAGAAAAGUGAUGAUAAGAAAAGUAAAGUAUCUGAAAAGAAAGGUCCAUCACCAGAAAAGGAGAAGAAAGAAGAAUUUGUUGUUGGUAAAGUUCAAAAUAAAAAGGAACUCGAGGAGCUCUACAGUCAACCAGUUCAUGCUCCAGAACCUAAAGAAUCUGUUCUUGCGGAGAAUUCUAUAGUCAAAGACAAGAAAGAAAAAUCAAUGAAAGAGAAAUCUGUUGUAAAGAAAUCAGCUCAAUCACAGAAGUCUAAAUUAUCUAUGGCCAGCAAGGAAAAAACUGAUGUUAAAGUGCAAAAGAAGCCUAAAACACCAGCAACAAAAGCAAAGCCUAAAUCAAAACCUGAUAAAGAACCAGAACCUGAUAAGGUUGAAGUGAAAGUUGAAGAACCAACUAAAACAGAACCUGCUAAAGAAGUUGAGCAGAAAAUUGAACCAAAUGUUCUGAAGGAAAAAGAACCUCCAGCGAAAGAUGUGACCGCAGGUACUAGGAAGCCUAAAACACCAGCAAAAAACACAAAGCCUAAGGUAAAAAUUGACAAAGGACAUGAUCAAGCUGAGGUGAAAACAGAAACUGCAAAGAAAGUUGACAAGAAAAUUGAACCAAAUGUUCUGAAGGAAGAAGAGCCUCCUUUUAAAGAUGUGACUGGUAAGCCUAAAGAGAAGAAACAGACCAAAGCUGCACCAGUUGGUAAGAAGAAACCUGAGAAAGGUAAGAAACCUAAAGGCAAAGGCAAGAAGAAAGAAGAGCCAGCCCCUGAACCAGAAACAGCUAUGGAGGCAGUUUCACCUGUCAAGGAAAAAACACCAGAACCACCUAAGGAAAAAACACCUAAAUCUCAAACGCCAGUAUCAGAAAGGCCUGAUAAUAUCGACACUAGUGUGAAUCAGAGUACUAUCAAUACAAGCACAGUUAUAACUGAAUCUGCUAAACAAGAAAGUGAUGAAGAAGAGGAAUAUAUUAUUGUUCGGGAUGAGACGAUGUCACCAGAAAUAGAACAACCAGACGUGCAUCUUAACAUGACAACUUCUGCAGAGGAGGAAGAGCCAGACGAGGAGCAGCCUCUGUUAAGUACACGGAGCAGUCGUAGUACAGCUAGUAGUAAGAGGAGUGAGGCAGAUAAACUGAGAAUGAUAUCAAACAGAGAGGCUAGAGCAGCAAAACGCGCUGCAGCUGCUGAGAAGCGCCGACAGGAAGUAGAAAGAAAACGAAAGGAAAGGGAAGAACAGAUAAAGAGAGAGAAAGAAGAACAUGAAAGACAAGAAGUUCUGAGGCAGGAACAAGAAGAACUGAGAAAACAGAAAGAAGAAGAAAGAAGAUUAGAGAGGUAAUUCAGAGUUGUGUAUGCACAUGUUUAUACACAACUGGUGUUUUUAUUUUGUAAAGUAGAUAAUUAUCUUUAGAAUGCUUUUAGGGUCGUAUAUCUUCUAACAAGGAGCAUGCUAUUGUGUUAUGCACAUCAAAUAAUAUCUGACACUUGAAAUCAUAAUUUGGCGUCAAAUACAAGCGUAUGCUUAUUGCAUAUAAUUUACUUUGUUUUGAAUAACGAUAGGAAAAAUGGCGGAGAUCAUAGACGAAGUUUCCAAAUAUAGUUCCUGUAUUGUUGUUUGUACAUUAAAAAUGCUUUAUAGAGUAUGUGAGUUAUUAGAUAUUAUUAGAGCUUUGUUUCUUUCAUUUACACGGUUUAAAUGUACAUCUUCCAUUUUAAAGGUUAUUGAGGUAAAUUACUCGGUUUUAUCAUCCAAAAAAUCACCUUAAACAUUUGUUAUAUUCACAUCGGACUGAGUUUAUUGUUGGAUCAGUAUCAUUACUAAGCAUCACUUGUUAUAUUUUCAGACACUUAUGCCAUACUUAUAUCAUAAUCCUGAUAACCUUUCUAACUCUUUGUUUUGUUGACUUAAAUUUGGUUUCUAUUAAUACAUACGAAACUGAUUCUUACAACACGUUUUCUUUCCUCCCACACGUAACUUACACUUCGGCGAAAACUCAAUUUUUUAAACUUAACUGAACUGAAUCUUGUUUGGAUGUUGUUGCAUAAUGCAUUUAUUUCUUGCCUCUGAUGGUUGCAAAAACUAGUCUUUCAUUUUAUUUUUGCACCUAUGCUCAGGAGCAGUCCACUUAAUAUAAUCGUUUUUAUAAUAGCAUAUAUAGAGCAUGACUCUUCUAAAAUAUAAUUAACACUAGCAUGAAUAAAUAAAAACAUGUAUCCGGUUAUGGUAAUUGUUUUAGUUCAGUGUUCCAAUCUGUCGACUUUGUAAUAAAAUUAUUUAGCAGAGAAAAAAUUCUACCUAUAUUAUUUUGCAAUAUGCUUCAACAUAACUUUAACCUUUGACAUCAAUAGUAAAAUUAUCACAUAAUUUUAAAUCGUAGUAACGAUAUGACAAAGAGGGCUUAAUCUGUAAAUGUUAUACUGAUAUUAUAUGAGGGGCGCCCAUGGCCGAGUGGUUAAGGCCGCUGAAUAUUAAUCUCUUGUUUCUCAACACUAUCGGUUCGAAAACUAACUUUGAAUCUAAACUUUUUUCAUGUCAAGAGCUGUCCUGCUGGCCUACAGAAGGUCGGUGGUAUUACUAUAGAGCUCUCCCAUACCAGACAUAAAUAAUGCCCGCAGAAGCAUCGGGUCUUCCUUAAAAAGCUGGAAAGUCACCAUAAGACCUAUAAUUGUGUCCUUGUGACCUUAAACCACAAAAUAAAGAAAAGAAAAGAAAACAAGAAAUAUCUUUAAAAAAGAUGGUCGGCGAAUUGUAAUAAGGAAAGAAGUUUAUGAAAUUUUCAUGUAACAUUCAUCUUUCAUCUAACAUUUUUUCAAAUUGCAAAACUAAACACCGCACUUUAACAAUUUAAAUGGUUCUCUUUUAAUUUUUCACAAAGGUUUCGUAGGGUUGCAGUUUUGUUUCGUUUAUCCUUAGACGAAUAAUUACAGCAGUAGUUUGAUGAAGAUUCAUCAUACUUUCAUUUCAAUGUAAUGAGAUUCAGUCAUUAUAUAGCAUAUACAUAAUAAAACAGAUUUCAACUGAAUUCAAUAUUUGCAUACCAUUCUAAAGAAAAAUAUUCAUAUAUAAUAAAUCAGUUAAAUAAUUUAUAACAAAUAUAUCAAAGCAAACAAGUAUUUAUUUUAAUAUGCAAUCUGAAUAAGUCACAAAAACAAGAAACCUUUUCAUAUACAGACGACUAUUGUAACAAGGAAAAUCUUUUAAAAAGCACUUCUCUACAUAGAAGAGUCUUAUCACACCCUUAUUCAUGUGAUACGCAGACCGUAUUCAGCUCUUUCUUUAAUUUGAUAUAUGUUGGUAUUUGAACAGGUUUUUAUCAUUUUUAUUAAACUUACUUAUCACUUUGAGAUAUAUCAAUAUUCUUGCUAAAUAUACUGAACGAAAGUUAGCUUUAAAACUGUGAACAGCGUCGUUUAGGAUAAACGCUUUGUCUACAUUUCACUCAGCGUAGCACAAUCAGCAGAGUGAAACAAAUUGACACUCUCGUCCAAUCAGGCAGAGUGUUGCAUAAAUCUUUCAUUUUGAUAAAUUAUCUAUAAUGCGUUAUCAAGUAGUUUGAUUUGCAAACUGAAGUCACGUGGCAUGGGUCGGUCAAGGUCGCGAAUUCGUUCUUAUAACGGCAUUCGCCGAAAAAGGUCCUUUAUCUGUAAAUAAGAUACUGAUAUUCUAUAAACACUAGGCUAAUUGCCUUACACCCUGCUUUAUAACAAACACUUCCUUCAUAUAAAUUUCCUGUCACAUCCUAAAACUAUAUGAACAAAAUACUAUUACCGAUGUUAUAUGAUUUAAGUUAAUUUUUUUGAUUUCCUUAUGCUUAUAUUUUUGUUACGAUAGUUUCUCUUGUGUUUCAUGUUUUAUUAUUGAUUUAAAGAGAGCUAGUUGAACUGCUUGUCAUGUUCGAAAGACCGGAAAGCAGAAAAGACAAACGCUCUCGUUUGAAUUCUGUUCACAGUAUCAUGCAGUUGUAAGUCUCGUGUGAAGUGCAAAUAGAAGUAGUAGAAUGCAUUUUCUCUCGUGUGUUACGUUAAAGUAGAACUGACCAAUGUCAUGUUGGAAUGAAACUCGUAAGAGUACUGUAAAAUGACAACCUAUGUCAUGAUUUAUAUGAUAUGAUGAAAAACGGGGACAUAAACUACAGAUUUGUAGCUCUAGCAUAAAAUUAUGACAUGUCUUGGUUCUUAGAAAAAAUAGAACUUACUUUUUCUGUUCCUUGAUUGGUAUAGUAUUUCCUAAUGGAAUGUUUGUGUGCUGCACCUGUUUUAUGAUAGUAUUAGUGUUAGAAUAUAUGUAAAUACUUUUGAAAUGGUUGUGUAAAGAUUUUUCUUGUGAAUUGAAUUAGCACCGUAACAUGUGUUUUGAUACAAAGUUUGGUCACAACGUAAAUGAUUUCCUUUAAAAUGUCCUUUCAUGAUAUCAUGAAAAAUUAAAUUAAAUUACACUGUAGCAUCUAUGGGUGAUAUUAAUUACAUUGUUCUAAUUGUAUUUUGUACCCAAGGUUUAACGUUGACGCUCUGAAUAAAAUCAUUCCUUUAAAAUAUCUAAAAGUUUGAUGUCUAUAUGUUUGAUAUAAGCAUUUGACAGCAUAUGCACAUGCUGAUUUUAGACUUUGUAUUUAGAAUCCAGGAAGUUGUUGAGUAAGUUCGUAAAGCCUAUCGUAACUUUGUCCAGUGAAUUGUUCUCGUGAUUAGGGGUUUGAAAUUUAGAAACGACAAUGUGGAUAUUGUGAUUACAUUGCAUGUUUCCAUAUCUUAACUGUUACAAUAUUUGAUUGUCAACUGUAUUUAUUUUAAAUGUCAGUUCUUUCCCUAGCAGAACUUCAAAGACAUUUAUAAUAGACAUUUAUGAUAGAAACAAAUCGAACAAUACCAGAUAUCAUACCAUUAGUAACGUGCGUUCAGUUUCAUAUUUGGACGCCAGUCUGAGCUAUCUAAAUACACAUUACAGAACACCUCCUCGAUACCUUUAACGAUAUCUUUCAUAUUAAUUAUUGUACAUUUUUGCAAUUUCUAACAUAUAUAGAAAAUAGUGUUUUAAAUAGCAUAGAAGAUUAACAAAUCAAGCGAAAAUGUCUAGAAUUUUCAAACGAGCAAUUUCAUUUUCAGACAGGACACAUAUGACAAAAACAAAAACAAAUAAAUUUUCAUCCAUUCAGACUUUGGGAACAUUUAAAUUGUGUUUGUUUUUUUACCAGUUAUAUCAGUGAAAAGUCAAUAUCUAAAUCUUUUUAUCCUUACAAAUGAUGUAUGCUUUUUUUAUAAAAACACUACUUACAUGUGUUGUAUUGACUGUGAUUUUUUUUUAAUCAUGGAUAGAAUUAUAUAAAAUGAACAAAUUUAUGUCGUCACAAUUCAGUUCUGACAUAUGUUUACUAUAGUAUGUUAUGAGCAGCAUUUGUCUAAACAUGUAAGGAAUAUGAUAAACAGUCUGUUAGAAUUGUGCAAGAUAUUGCAAAAGCUAUCGAAGGAGUGUUAGAAUUUUCGAAUAUUAUACAAAGGAUUUAUAAUCUGUUUGAUAACGUGUGUAGAUGGACGUCGAAUAAUUAUGUAUUUUCAGUUAAUAAGUUAGUUAUAUAAUGGAUAUGUGCCACUUGAUUAAGGUAUUGGGAAUUGAUUUUAUAGCAUUGAGGAACAGUAAGUAUCAGUUUGAUGAUAUUGUACAACAUAACAUUUGAAUGUUGUCCUGCGUAAAGUGAGUUUGAAACAAAUAAUGUAAAGACAAGGUGAAGUGCAAAAGUUAAACUGUAUUAUAUUUGAGCUGCCAAAUAGUGUUCCUAAAGUUGAGGUUUACAAGUUUAUUUUGUGUUAUAAAACUCGAUUGUUUUUAUUUUGUAAUUUAAUAGGCAGAUUUUAUUCUAACGCUGUGCCACCGCUAGAAUGAAGACAAAAGUCUCACGAUGGUGAGAUACAGCAUGUUUGGUGUACAAAUCAAAUGCAUACAAGCAUUUAUUCGUUAUGAAAGAUUAAGAGAUAUACUAUAUAUCAGAAAUUUGGAAUUGGAUUUGUUGUAGAAUACGCCUUAUAGCAAUGCGGUAUGGAAAACAGUAAUACUGUAAUAAAUGAUGUAUCGUAAAACACGCAAAUUCUUCAUUUCUUUAUUAGUGUUAGCCGUUAACUAAGGAACAACAGUUUGGCAACUCGUCCCAAGUACCAUGUAUUAAAUCUUAUCCCUGAAUGAUACCUGGUUGUAUAUUUUCCCCGGAAGCAGACUAUGUUCUAUUAUAUUGUGUAUGCAAAUUAGAUUACGUAUUUGUGUUUGUGUACAUGUAGAUGGGAACGAUUUGUGUAUAUCGUGGAAGCAUUAAAAAGUUCUUAAUGACUUGAUAUUUCCGCAAGUCAUUUUAUAAACAGUUUUCAUUAUUUAAUUUUAGUACCCCUUAAGUCAUAUUUAUUUUAUGCAUAUAAAUGUUUUAUACUGUUGAAUACAAGUAUAAUUGAGACCAAAUACAUAACAUUGUUUUCUGUUUUCCUUUGUCUUGCAUUUUACCUUGGCACUGAAGCCAUCACCUUUAUAUUGUGCUAGAUUUGAGAAAGACAGUGACGGAUUUGCAAACUGAUAU